AUGACGUUAUUGAACGUGACCUUCCCCAAGAACGUAUUGCACAACUUUGACCGAACUGAGUUCCACAGUAAGAAAGUACCAUCAAGUCUGAAGCAAGCAGGAAACGAGCACGAGACGUCAGCCGACGUCACGUCGGAGGUGGGAGGCAGGCGGUUGAAGCGUCGGUAUUUUUGGGAGUACAGCGACAGCCACACCACGCCCAGCAAACAAGAACGGACCCUGCAGCCAUCGGAGUGGGAUUGCUCUACGUUACCGAGUAAUGUCUAUCAGAAGGAGAAUGGCGUCGGGCAAGGACGCAGAAUAGCGAAAAAAUCCCGGCGCACAGAUGUGGAUGACUUGACACCUAACCCAAGAAAGCUGCUCCACAUCGGAGACGAACUGAAGAAGCUCAACAAGGUAAUUGAUGACCUGACACCAGUGAACGAGCUGCCAGUGAACGCCAGACCACGAUCCAGAAAGGAGAAAAAUAAACUGGCUUCUAGGGCCUGUAGACUAAAGAAGAAAGCACAACAUGAGGCCAACAAAAUCAAGUUGUGGGGUCUAAACACUGAGCACGAUAACUUGCUCAAAGUUAUUGUUGCAAUCAAGCGGCAGAUUAUGCAGCGAGUGGAGAGCAGUAAUCGAGCUGAAGAAGAGAGCAUGACAGAAAAACUGGAGAAACUAAUGAAAGACACAAUCGGCUGCUCUGUGGCAGGUCAAACAUCGGAGUUUGUGAACGAGGUUCUGGAGAAGGUGUCAGCUGGAGAGUCAGCUGCAGGACUGAGCUGACCAUCAUGAGUGUCGUCCUCGAUUCGAAACUUGUCCUUAAUGACGGGAUGUUAUUAAACAGGAGGAAAGGGGGAAAGCAAACAGAAAAGAAGUCACUAUUUCUGCAGCACCCUUACGCUACCUGUAAUUUUGUUUUUUUUUGGUGUUUGGCAGGGUGAAGGGAUUUGGGGAAGAGUUUGACAUUCUCUCCCGAAUCCCUGUCUUCACCCACUUCAUCACUGCUCCCUGCUCUGGCCACCCUGUGCCCCUUGAUGUCGACAUGCCUGGGAGAUACAUUGUGUGCCAAUUUGUGUCCUUGGGGAAUGACCCCUGGGCAAUUAUAGGGUGCUUAAGCUCAUGGCAGUAAGGGGCACGAGUAAAUGUCAACGAUUUGGUAAGAAUAGCAGAUCGAGCUGCUUUAAUUUUCUUUUCGCCUUUCAACAAGUGAUUGAGGAAAGAGGGCACAGGGAGCUGGCACAUUGGUUGCUGGGUCAAACUCGAGGGAGACUUUGGUUGCUUCAGAACAAUUCUGAUGGUGGGUGAACAUGACCCUCUGAAAUGAUCCAGCCUCCACUGAACUCUCAUGAUUCAUUUUCCAGAUAUUAGCAUCCUUUUUAUUUAAGGAGAACGUUUGAUUUCAAAGUGAGUGUAAUGUUUUAUAUGUCUCUGCACCCCAUCAACCCACACCUCCCUCUACCCCCAACACCAAAAAAAAACACACCGUCCUGGAAGAUCAGGAGUGUAGCGGUGUUUCUAUGGGAAGAUUUCGGUGACUGAGGGGAAAGUCAAUUUGUGGGGGUGGUAUGGAGGUGUUAGGAUUUGUGGAAGGAGUGAUGGAAUAUUGGUUGCCUUGGUGACACAGUGAAAGUGGCGCAUGGUCAAGGAACGUCCGGUGAUUUAUCGUAGAUGCAUUUGAAUGUAGAACUUACGACUUGACCAGACUUUAUUCAAUGGAUACUGUGAAUCGGGAAUUGGGUGGCUCCCUGUAGUUCCUGUGAUUUAAUGUUUUAUAAAUAAUGAGCACUUUAACUUUACAAACAGACACAAAAAGAGAAAUCACUUUUACAGGUGUUGGGUGACAGACUUUAUUUUUUUUCUCUGAAGUGGGGGGGGGGGUAGGGUUGGGAUUAGGGGGAGAAUUUCCAAAUAAAGUUUAGCUACUGACAGUUAACGUAGUCCUAUCUGUGAGAGAUGGUGAGGCGCAGAGCUGGGCACUAGACAUGAGGUAUUCUUGAGGACAGUAAUGAAUGUGCAUCUUGCAACAAAAUUCUCCUCGACUGCGGUUUUGUUUUUUUUUUUGGCUUUGUUUUCUUCAGGAAAACCAAGAGUUGACUGACAUUGAGGUCAGGCUGGAGUGAGAUGUCCCACAUCAGAUGUGACUUGCCCCUGUUUUCAAAAUCUUUGUUCUAUAUUUAAACAGCCUCCCAUGCUUUGGAACUGGUCCUGGGCUCCGGCUACGAUGGAAUUGGAACUCAACAAGUUUCCGAACUGGCUCUCCAUUCAUCAGGCUUAGGGGGAAGGAAAACAGACCUGGGUUAGAUAUCCCUGGUGGAGGAAUAACUCACCCACUCUCUUGGACCAGCUUUCCUCUUCAAUAGUGGCCAUUUAGACUUUGGAAGCAGAGAGGGCAACUGAUGCAUACUAAACCCACCAAGGACCGAGUCGAUUCCCUGAGCUAGGGGAUAGGUGAAGACCAGGAAGGCAAAGACAAAUCUGAAUGGGGUGCAGUUGUUUCUUAAAGUUGUUAUCCCCGAAGCUGCUGUUUUCUGGUGUGUAAAGAUUGUGUAAAGGCCCCAGGGAGUGGGAAACCAUGCCUAGCCAGAGGAACUUUGGCAAUGAACAGAUACAGGCAGACUUGUCUGUUGUUACAGAAGUGAUUUUUGGCUGUUGGCGGGGUGAGGGCUUUGCCUGCUGCCUGGACAGCUCUGUAAGAGCCCCAGGAUAUCCCUUGGGAAGACCCUCCGUAUCCAUCAUCAACGGUAUCUCACUGGGUACGGCAGCCAACCUAUCCCAGCUAUGGGUAAGGUAUACCCUCCGAGACCAACCAGUCAAUCAAAAGCCUGUAGCUUUAUUGAACUGACUGCUCCUGGGCAGCUAGAAAGAGAAGGUUCAGCAGCAAAAAGCAGGGGCAGAUUUCACCCCACCCCUGCACAUGAUUGGAGAUUGCAGGCAAUUGGAAAAUAACUAACUUGCAACAGCAUUCAAAGAAGAUUGGGCUGUGUCUCUGGUUCAUUCUGUCUCCUCUUCUCCAGCUCUGAAAUCCAGCACGAAGUUUGAAGGAAACUAGCUGCAGUACAUUGCAGGUGGCACUGGGGGCUAGAGGAGGAGUGGAGGUCGGGAGGGUGCAGGAAGGCCAAAGGCUAAAAAAGAAAGUUCUCCACAAAAGCCUUAAGCACGGGCAAAACACUGCGGAUGCUGGCAAUCUGAAAUAAACGCAACAGAGAAUGCUGGAGAAACUCAGCAGAUCUGUUAGUGUCUAUGGAGAGAGAAACAGAACUAACAUUUCGAGUCUGAUGCUGGAGUUCUGAAGAAGAGUCGAUUCAGAUUUGAAGCAUUAACUCUGAUUUCCCCAGGUGCUGCCAGACCUGCUGAUUCUUUUUUCAGCACUUACUGAUUUUAUUAAAGCAAUUACCUUCCCUCCUGCCUCACUGGACGACAUUUCUUAGUAAGAAAGGCAUAAUUUUUUUUCCCCAAGAUAAAACGUUGCCAUGUUCUCUGGCCUUCAGAGAGAAGGGCCCAGUUGAAGCCUGAUUCCUACGCUGUUUGUAAUGUCAUCGGCCUCUCAGGGUGAUCGGUGUGAGCUCUCUCUGACAUGUUUUUAACACCAUAGGCCACAUUCUGGUGAAGCCCUUCAAAUCUGAUUCCGAAAACAGGAAAACCUCCUUUUCACUUACCAGCGAGAAUGCAAACCAGUCCAGUUACAGCCAGUCUAAAAAUCACGUGAAGACUCUUGUGGUGCAGUUGUAGUGUCCCUACCUCUGGGCUAGGAGGAAUGUGUUCAAGUCCCACUUCUUCCAAAAAUGUGUAGUAAAAUCUCCAAACAGAUUGAUUAGAAAAUCUCAAAAUCUUACAUCCUCUGUUUAUGCCCAGCCCCUCCCUCUUUCCAUCAUUUCCUUCCUUCUCCCUUCCACCCACCUCGCCUCCUUCCACAAUUCAUUGCUGAGUCAAUAACCCAUACCCUCACCCUCCUUUCUCUUGUUCCCUUGCCAACUCCCCUUCAACUUGAUCCAUGCCCCACCUUUGCCCCCUUUCUAAUCCCCUUACUCUAUACCCGUUUCCCUUCACUAUCCCUACCCCAGGACUUGCCAUAUGCCCUCUUAAUCAUUCUCUUUUUCCUUCACUUCCUCUUCUCUGUCUCCCUCUUGCCCCAUCUCUCUCUCACUCUCUCUCACUCUCUCUCACUCUCACUCCAACUGCUUCUCCAUCUCUUUCUCUUACCCUUCCCAUCCCUUGUCUCAUCUCUCUCCCUCUUUACCUGUCUCCCCAUACCCUUGCAUUCUCCCUGUCUUUCUCUUUCUCCAGUUGCUUCUCUCUCUCCCCUCCACCUUUGCACCCCUCCCAUGUCUCCCCAUGAGUUCUCACUAGCUACGUUCACUUGCACUCUCUCUCUCAUGCUCACUCACUCUCUCAUUCGUUGUCCUUGCUCAGCCUUUAUCUAGACUUUGCAAUCUCGAAAUGCAAAAGGGCUGAGUGAAAUCCUUGGAUGAGAUUGCCCCCUGUACCCAUGUUGCUGUAAUUUACAUUGGAAGUGGUUCAUUUUCCAUUCUGUGAAUUUAAUAAAUUACCACAUUCCUAGCCCACCUCCACCUGCAAGUUCCAACGGCCACCUGAACAAUGAACCACGACUGUAAAUUGCAAACAAGGAUUAAGGGAAGGAACAGAGAAAUGGCAGUGACAAAGUUCCACUCUUCUCCCCCAGGGCUGAUUGAGGGGAAAUCUACUUCAAAACUCAGUGAGGCAAGAAAGUACGUUAUCAAAGGAAUUCCUCAAACCUUUUACACUGGGAGAAAGUGAGGGACAGUGAUCUCAGUAAUUAGAUCUUCCCGAGUGUCUGUUAGAAGGGUUUUCAUUGUGUAACCUCCAUUCCUGACAUGGUGUAAGUGGGACUAAGGUUAAAGAAUAAAUCUCCUCCUGUUCCCAUUCCAUCAUAGCACGUCUAUGACUCUAUGAGAUCCUUUAACCUCACAAUGACAAUAUAUCCUGGCCACUAGGUUCAUGCUUUGAUGAGAAUGUAGCGCAAGUUUCAAAUUGUUUCUUUUUUAAAUUGGAACUUUGUUCUUUUUUAAAUACUUGUUAGUCUAUGGCUCCCAACUGGCUCUUAGUGACAGCACCGAAGGCAGUUAGAGAAUUCCAAUUGAUUUAACAACCCUGUGCAGUUUAAUUAAAAGCAAAAUACUGCAGAUGCCAUAAUCUGAAAUAAAACCUGAGGUGUUGGAAAUACAGCAGAUCUGGCUUUGGAGAAAAAAAAGAACAUAGUUAACAUUUGAGUUGAAUAUCACCUUCUUCAGAGCUGUGCAGUUUUAAGUUGCUUUCUGAAUGCAGUCAAGAAAUUGGAAAAGCUGUUCCACAGACAUUGUAGGUCCACUUUCUGCCACAAUUCCUUUCCCCAUUCUCUUGCCCUCGCGCUCUCUCUUGCCUUCACUCUCUCUCUCCUGACCUACCUCUCUAACUCUCUCUCUCCUGCCCUACUUCCCUCGUGCUCUCGCUCUCCUGCCCUACCUCCCUCGGUCGCUCUCUUGCCCUACCUCCCUCCCUCGCUCUCUCUCUUGCCAUACCUCCUUCGCUCGCUCGCUCUCUCUCUCUUGCCCUCCCUCGCUCCCUCACUCUCUUGCCAUACCUCCCUCCCUCGCUCUCUUGCCAUACCUCCCUCCCUCGCUCUUUCUUUUGCCCUCCCUCCCUUGCUCUCUUGCCAUACCUCCCUCCCUCACUCACUGUCUCUCUUGCACUCCCUCACUCUCUGUCUUGCCCUACCUCCCUCCCUCACUCGCUCUCUGUCUCUUGCCCUCCCUCGCUCUCUGCCUUGUCCUACCUCCCUCGCGCUCUCUCUCUCUCUCUCUUGCCCUCGUGCUGUCCUGCCCUCACUCCCUCUCCCUCACUGUCGCUCUGUCUCUUGCCCUCUCUGAUUCCCACACACACGUUUCUGUAUUAAUAUGUAACCAUUUCCUAUUCCUUUCAAUGCUGUUGUUAUCAUGUUGAAGUUAAACCUGCAAAUAUUCAUUCGCCUGUGUAUAUCAUCCUGUUGGGUAAAGUGAAAUCCCUGGUGUUGGCUGUUGGAGAAGCUGUUUUUGAACAGGGGAUUAUUUUGAAGAGUUAUUGCACUUGAUGUUUCUGGAACCUUGAUGUCGUGAACUCAGUAAAAUACCGAGUGCCAGGAAGUAAAUGGAACCACUGUUCUGACCUGCCGAUUAAUGUCUGAAUGUUUUCCUUGUUUUGUUGUCUAACUACGAAGCUGCCUUUUUGAGGGGUCAGGCUAGAAUGGGGCAGGGCGUUCUUGGUCACUCGAAUCAUGACAGAGCACAAUGAAUGGGAAACUGGUUUAGCUGAACCUGACAUUGUCUGACCCAUGUACUGUCCCUGGAAUGUCCUAUUGGCAGGAAGUCUAGUAUCGGGAAGGUGGAUGUGGGCUUUCUGAGUUGAAUUAUACUCAAAAGCCUGAAUCCUAACCCUCCAAGGUGUUGAGGAUGGCACUGCCCCCUCUGUAGGGGAUAGGCUUGGGUUGUAACCAGGCUGUUAUGUUUUAUAACUCAAUGGGGCCAAAGCAUUUGGAGAAGCUGAAAAUUUCACUUAUGGAGAAGAAGAAUGUAUUUUAGCAUAUAGUAUUGUCAAGUCUAGAACUUUUUGCUGACUCCGAGCACUUUAUUAAGCAAGUUAUUGUAAUACAUUGCUGAGCUAGAAAUAGUCAUGUCCAAAGUUUCAUAGGCUUGGCUUUGAUAUAUUAUAAAGUAUAUAGAGAUAUAUAUAAAAAUAAAAAAACACAAGGUAUGCCUUUUGAGGGAAGAAGGAGAUUGUCGGCUAUGAACAGAAUGUAAUACUUGAAGUUGAGGUUCUGAAGCUGGCUCUUUCUGUUAUUAACUCAGCACUUGUGUAAAUGGUUUCAUUAAAAGACAAUGGCCAAUCUGUGUGGGGUUUGCAAAUCUUCCCUGUUCCCUGCCAACGAGAGUCGGGGUUUGGUAGUGAAAGAAGGGUUAGAAACCUAUUUUCUGGCCAAACAGAUCUUUUCCUGUCGGGGCAUGUGUUGUUGGAAAAAUGGGUACAUUCUUUCAAUGUUGGUCUAUAAUUGGGUUUUGUCACCGGUCCCUCAUCAGAAGAUUCCUUCAAGGUAGAAGUAGAAGUUUCCAUCCCUUUUCGGUUUUUGGUAUGCCGUGGUGUUGACACAGCCUCUGCCUGACUGCUUUGUAUAUCCAGCAGUUAGACAGCCCUUCAACGUUACUUUCUCCAGUAGCUCGAUUCUUCUAUGGCCUCCAGGGACGUGUGUAACUGUCGGAACUCAUUGAUAAUCGCCCAAACCCACAUUGUGUGUAUAGAAUGAAGACCAGAGGACUGCUGUUUUCGGGCUCCAAAUUUACCCAAUGGAUCAGAUCUCAAAGACCAGAGUCAUGCGCUCCUUUGCUCGAGAUCCUCUAAUCAACAUCCAGAAUAAGGACUGAUGGAACUCCUCACUUGGAAGUGGUAACUGUGAAGCAGUCACCUUUUGAUGAGACCUGGCACUUGGUUAUAACUCUUCGUCCUGGUGAAUGUUCAACUCAUGGAUACUUACAGCUCUCUAAUUCCUCAAUGACCAGCAACACCACCUCCUCCCCCACCCAUCAUCAAUUCUUCCCAGUCCAGACCAAAGAUGGGGCCAGACAAUUCUAAAACACUGCACAAUGUCCAGUUGCGUUUGAGUUGUUGGAUGACGAUGAAUAGCUGCCCACUCUCAGGCAGAACGAAGCCCCUGAGUGCUGCCAGUUCACCAAAACUCUAGUUCACUAAAGUUUCAUUCCAGACAGUGAUUGUGAUGUGGGAUUUGGUGACCAGACAGAUGUCAGAGGCUUGAAGAAACCUUUCUGCGCGACUGGGAGAGUCUUAUGUGACUGAUCGGGCGAUGUGGAGGGUUGAUCUUCUUUUUGAAGUAAUUUUGAUGAAAUCUGAAUGUGGGACUCAUCCAAAGGUCUAAAUCUCCCAUUGAGACCAAUGCAAUCUUGAAUGUGUGCAUGUUCCUCAAUAUCCCCUUAUUAUACACUCUGUUUCUGGAGGCCAGGGGGGAAGGAUCAACAUGUUGAUGUGCCAACUUCAUUGUGCCAAGAAUGGGUAUGAAUGUGGAUUUUAUUUUCCUACGGAAUUAGCUCAGGUCGGGGAGGUGGGUUGGAAUUAGAGAAUGGAUGAAGGGUUGAGGCAUUGGAAGCUGGGUCAAUACUGCGAGCAUGGAUUUAACCACAGCAAGGAACAGCCGAUCCUGCCUGGUUUCUUACUGAGCCAUGUGGUGGAGAGGGAGGAUGAAGGGGAUACAGAAGAUUUGUUUGCUGCCUGCUGCAAUGAUCGAGAAGCAGGUAUCAUCCAACUGUAUUUUCUUUGUGAGAUGGGAACAGGAGCCAUUUACAAACCUCAGCAGGUUGGCCAUUUAUUACUGAAAGCUGCUACACUGAUCUUUGCUUGUUAUGCAAGUGUCAUAUGUAUAUACAGAGGUCUUCUUUCUUGUUCCUGGCUAAUAAGUACUGUAAACUACUUUGAAUGUGCAGUAAAUCUGUUGUCAAGAGUCUAUAUUUUAGUAAUUUGGCUAAGCCUGGUCUGAAUUUUCAUCAGAAGGUUGAAAGUGUGCGUGUAUGGUAAAGCAAAUCCGUAUUAAGGUUAGCUACAGCUCGGCUUAUUGAGUUGUUGUGGCUUCUUACUCUUUGUACAAGUUAUCAAAGCACAGAAAUAACUCCCACUUACUUAGGAAGGAGUCUGAAUUCCAGAGUUGGCCAAGAGCUCUUUUUAGCUGAUUCGAGCUGACAUGCACCUUUCCCUCUGAUCCUCAGAAGCUGAACCUUGCAUUUAUUUUACAAUCUUAGUGGCACGAGCAUGUGACUCGUGACUUUUGCACUUUAGCCGUUUUGCUUCUUUCCCAAUCAUUUUGCUUCCACUGAUGUUUUUUUUUAUUUUCAAACCCCCACCUCCACUCCCUUUCAGAGGUGGCCGGCCCCCAACCCCCACUGCCCCUCCCCUCCCCCCCCCCCCCACCUCACCAUUAUGUGCACAGACCUCACCCAAGGGUUCACCAUGUCUGUGAAAGGGGCUGGGUAUUGAUGAGCUAUCGAUGGGCUUUCAGGUGCUGGAGGUGCUGCACUGGUCUGUGGGCAGCAGGAGAUCCCUCUAUGAUGACCCACUGGUUCUCCCAUCUCACUGCGAUCAGAUAGACUGACAGGGCCUGUGUACGGUAGCGGAAACCUCCAAGCCGUUUGUUUCAGUUCCACCCCUCGUAGUAACUGAGAUUCUCCAUGUUAGUAAGCUUCAGAAUAUUACUACGGAGUGCUUCUUAACACACAGGCUGUCAUUAUAAGUUUGAUUAUAAUGAUAAUUUUAGCACUCUUCACUGAAAUCGAGGUAAAUGGCCAGCCAGAGUCAAGCUGCUCAACACGUUUCUGGGUUCACGUGGAAAGCCAGUGGAUCUCCAUUUAUUUCAUCAGGUCAGGGGUGGUGAAAGCGUGAGGCCUGGCUCAGGCUCUAUCUCUCUCCAUUACACCCCACCUCCUCACCCUCCACCCAAUUAUCCUUAUCCCCACCCCCACACUCAAUCAUCCCUCCAUACAACCAACUGGCAGGAUUGGUGUGACACUUGAAAAGAAGAAAUUGGCCCCCAACUCCGUAAACUUGUUCAAUGCUCCCUUUUUUAAAAUAAUUAAAUGACAAAUUGACCUUAAUUGGUGAAACCAUAAUUGAUUUCUGACCUGUUCAGGGCAGUGUUUCAUGGCACCGGCAAUGAACAUAUCUUGAGGGAUAAGUGAACGUAUUUGGUAAUCACACAUCUUUGCCCCAUAGGCUUGUAGGAACCAAACUGAGACAAGGGAAAGGCUCCAGAAGCGAUACUUGGAUUUUCUUUUCUGGGGUUAAUGUUCCUCUUCAAGUUUGAGUAAAGUGUGUUCUGCUUUACCAGUUCUCAUGUUCUUUAUUCCCUAUCCCAAAUUGCACAGUUGUAUAUAGCUAGUGAUUGAGGCUCAGCUCACCAAAGAGGAACUCCUCCCCAAAGGGGGAUCACCACCUUUCAGUCCAUCUUUGACCUGAUCAUUCAGCAAUUUAAGUGAUCUUUCCCUUCUAACAAUUGAGCGUUAAGUUUGUGUCUGCAAGCCAGCCAUAUAAGUUGGAUAGAGUCAAGGACAAAGCAAAUGCAUAAGAAAAACAGAAAUCAAGUUUGCCACUACUUUCCACCAAGUGGACCCAAAGGCCAUUAUUUCUGGGCCUGACUGAACCCAAACAAUCCCUUCUGAACAGGGGACAGUUUCCACCUCUGUAUUUUUAUGAUUUUUGACUUUUUGUUUCCCUAAGCUGUACAUUGAGUAAGAGAACGAGAGGUAGAACGUUUACUGGUGUUGCUUGGGACACCUGAGCAUGACCCACCCUUCAAUUUUCAAAUUUUUUGGGUGUAACAGGAGAUGAGCACAUUGCCUCCUUGUCUAUGCUCAGCACCUUCUCACAGUAGUGCAACUGGAAUAAUGGAGUGUAAUACUGUGGAUGAAGAAAGAGCAGUUGAACCCAGAUCCAUCACUGGAGCUCUGCUAUUUCCCUAGUUCAGGCUUUCUGUGUUCUGGCAUCCACUUCCUAUGUGCAAAAUCCAUUAUUUUUGGGUAAAAGUGACAAUUGUUAUUUUGUAACAACGCCACAACUCUGUAAGCCUAACUGUGCUGAUGAUGGGAGGAGAACAAGGGUAACUGUAGCUGAGGCUAAAGCACAGUUGUUUCAUAUUGCCUUGAUCAAUAAAAGUUGGUGGGUCCAACUUGAUGGAAGUUUGUGAUAUAGGUGAUGAGAAUUAUUGACUUGUAAAGAAGCAAGAAUUCUAAAUGGAGUCACUCGAAACAGCUCAAUGUUAAGUGACUGGUACCUUGGAGAAGAUAACUGAGGCAGAAAUCUGAAUUCGAUAAUAUCGAGAAUGAGAUAAACCUAUAUUGGACUUGUCGACAAGUGUGCUGUGAUUUUCAUGAAUUCUUUCAAUGAUGACACUCCAUCCCAAUGUUGAUACCUUGCUGUCUCGCCCCUGGUACAUGUGGGCAUAGCAACUAAUAUCUGGUAUCUUCCACUCUCUUUUUGAAUGGAGAUCUUCCCCACAUCGUAAUGGAAUUGAACCCAUGUAGUGAAAUUGCUUGGAAUUUGACUGGAGAGAAACGAUUUAACAAAUGAAACUUCUCUUCCCUAACUGAUGCAUAAUUUCUGUCUUGGUUUAUUUAGUUGUGUUCAAAGUUGACUCUCUUUUUCUCCCCAGUUUGUAGUUUCUAACUUGUUGAUAAUGUUUAACCUGCUACUGUUUAGUAGAUUCUUCUAAAAGUAGAAGUUGUGCAGUCUUUUUUUUUUAUCCAGGAGGGUGACUGCACAGCGUAGGGAAUAAGAGAGAUGCAACUUCCUGGUGAUUCUGGAUGGAGUGGGGCCAGAUUUUCACACUGCAGCUCCAUAAGUUUAUUUUUUUAGAAAAAGGUGAUCCAUUCAAAGGAAUCGAACUGGUUUCUGAAGCCAUUCUUCCCCCAGAUGAAAAAUGCAACUUCACCAUUCUUCUGCAAUUAUUCCAUCGUAUCUGUGGCUUGUGUGUUGAAAUUAGACACAGUGCUGGGUGGUAAACAAUUAAACAGAUAGUGCUGUAAAAACGUAUUGUCUUUUUCUCUUUUUUUACACCUUUUAUCUGUCUCCAAAGGAGUUCGUCAAGAAAUGAGCACAGAUCGAAUCGAUUUCUAGUUGAGGGAUGAAUCUUAGGAAUUGCUAUUGAUGGGAGUUGCUCAUUUGCUGAGUAUUGUUUAACAAAGGGUUUUUGUGGUAAAGCACAUUUUGGUCUCUCUCCAUCUCCCAAGCAGUGAUCAUAAAUCAGUCAUGAUUAAUAAAACAGGAUAGUCAACAGAUCAGAGAUGAUUAGAAUCUGGGAUCCCUUGCUGUUAAAUGUUCACCUAUAUUGUAAAUUUUGAGCUGGUUGGAUUCUGAUCGUUUCUGUGUUUAAAAAAAAAAUAGUAUGGUGUCUUUAUUUUUAAGAAGAUUUUAUUUAAAUGUUGUAGUUCAAAUCUGUCGAAGACCCAGCUACUCAUUAGAGCUCGCUAGAACUUUGCUAUCUAAACAAAGUCAUUUUCUUGAAAGAUGUUUAAUUUUUUUUAUUGUUUGAGACCAUCAAUAAAGCCAAUAAUUUUC